AUGUCGCGACGAACCACCGUCUGGUUCGGCCGGCCCUCUCCGACCUCCCGCCAGCCCAACACUACCUCUUCGUCCUCCCACGUCGAGCUCGCCGUCGUCUUCAAAGACAUCGCAACCUACCGCCCCUACACCCCCGGCACCGGCCCGCCGCUGCGCCCGAUAACCCUCGUACCCGUGCGCGACAGCACCGCCUACAUCCGCGACGAGUUCUUCGUGCCGCCGCCGCUCUCGCAGGACGGUAAGAAGCGCCUGCAGUACGUCGUCGGCUGGAGCGACCUCCCCGCGGCGCGGCUCGUGGUCGACGCGGAGCGCGUCGUGGACUAUGUCUCGCCCGCAGCGUACGAGGACUGGUGCGCGGCGCGCGCGGCCGAGCGGGACGAGGAGGAGCGCCGCAGGGAGGAGGAGGAGAACGUGCGUGCCGUGGCGGAGGCGGAGGCGCGCGAGAGGGGCAUGUUGGUGCUGAGGAAUGGGGUGAAGGAUACGCCGCGGAAAGAUGUUGUCACGGGCAACAGGAAGCGCAGGACGAAGGCGGAGAUGGCUGCUGCGAGGGCCGAGACACCGGUGGAGGGGGAUGGGAAGAGGAAGCCUGGCCGGCCGAAGAAAAGUGCGCCGUCGCUUUCGACGCCGUCCAAGGCGCGGCUGGAGGAGUUUCGGGAGCUUGAGACGGAAGUGGAGGGUGGUACGGAGACACCGGAUGACGAGGAGGCCAUCUUUCGGCAGCUUAAUGGAGACGAACCGGUUUCUGCGGCGGAUUCUCUGGCAGAGGAGGAAUACGAUUCGAGGGAGGAGGAAGCUAUGCCCAUGAGCUUGGAGCCGCCGCCCAUCAACCCAACCGAACCCGCCGCCACCCCGAAACCAAAACCAAAACUCCUCCCAAAACCCUCCCCCUCAAAAUCAACAAUCAACGUCCUCGACCCAGACCGCGACGAGCUCUCGAACGUCUACGAAGUCCUGCGCCUCGAAGGCCUGCAAAUCCGCCACGUACGCGGCAAGCCCGUCCGCUACUUCGCCGUCCGCUGGAAGGGCAACUGGCCCCCCGACCAGAACCCCACCUGGGAGCCUGAGUCCAACAUCCCGCGCUGCAUGACGAAAAAGUACCUCCUCAACAACCCCACCCCCGUUAAGGGCAAGCACGGCAACGACACCCUCGACAAAUACCUCAGCCCCGGCUGGUCACAGCGCAAGUACUCGUCCGUCUCCGAGGCCUUCGAGGGCGGUGACCCGGAGGUGGCGGCGGCGCAGGAGGUGCAGGAUGAAGAGGCGAUGGAGGACGAGGAGGAAGAGGAGGUGGAGGGGGAGGGAGAGGGUGAUGAGAUGUUGGUCGUCACGGAUGAGCCUCCGCCGAGAGUGCAGCCUACGCUUUCGUGGUGA